AUGGUGUCAUUGCAGCCGACUGUCGUUGAGGUUCGGAGUGCACGAGAUUUCCUGCAAUAUGUGCUGGACAAUCAUGCUCCACCUUCAACGUUGGUUGUCUGCUCCUCCAAGGCCGACUUUCUCGAGACACUCCAGUCAUCUGAUGACGGUGAUGAUCCCGUGGAUCGAGCAGAGGGCGUCGAAGAAGAACAAUCGUCGCCAAAGGACUCAGUCAAUGAGCGGGUGAAGCGCUUUGCCCCUACCCUUCGGUUGUUGUCUCGAUCCCGAACGGUGAAGCUCGCAUUCUGUCCCGACAUCACUCAUCUCAGAGCAUAUCUUGCCUGCAUCAACACUGACACUAGCCCUCGUGGUGCGAAUGAACUCGCAUUCACUGGAGCUUUGCAUCCACGUGAUGCAGCCCCAAUCCUGGCGAUCCUCAAUCCGAUCGAGCUACAUAGGCCCACGUCCGCCUUCUCAGCGCAAGGUCUCAACAGAACCUUGUCAAUUGCCGUUGAAGCUGCAUAUCGCAUUGGGCACAAGCUCGUCCUGGCCGAGACUGCCCGCAACGCCUGGCUGGAGGAGCUCUCACUCCUCAAUGUCACCAACAGACGACUUGGCGAGCUCGCUGUCGGACGAACUGUGACUCCAAAGGCUAUCGCGCAACACUGGUGCAUGUUUGAAAGGCAUGUCCCGUCCGAACCCUGA